GAUUAGUAUGCAAUAUGGCCGUUAUUAUUCCGAACAUCGUCGAUCAGUUGGAUGAUCGACAACGGGGUUGAACGGGGUCAAGGUAUUUAAUCAAGGUUGCGAUUGCUUAAUGCUGACAGUGCACGAUAAUCAAUCCGGUGUUUAUUAAAUCCGCAUUCUCCAAGAAUGUCAGACAUUUUUUUUCUCCACAUGUAAAAACGAUUUUUUUUGCGCGAUACAAGAUUCCUGCGAAGGUCAAAUAGGAAUCCUCGUGAUUUCCUUCUGCUACUUGUGGAAUAUCUUUAUCUAUCGGGACACAUAGAUUAUCCCAUUCUUUGUUCUCGAUAUAGUGCUUCGCAUAACUAACCUCAAGCCUUAAGAAGUGAGUCACGUGUCGCGAGACAGAUUCUCGGAACGACUUUUGAGGUCGAAAACGUAUAACCGCCGUGGGUAAGUUUUGAAUAAUGGCGAGCGAUCUGUCGAGCGGCUGCAUGGAGACAAUCGACAUCCUCGACGAUGAGAAGGAGGAGGGUGAGAUCUCAUUGGAGGACGUCAGUUCAUCCGAGGAAGGCGGGAUAGGCCAUUUGACCUGUAACUACGUCAUCAGCAGGACACGAUCGUGUCCAGAUUGCAAAUCAUGGGGUGAAUGCGCUCCCUGGUGUACCAUGAUGUAUUAUUCUAAGAGCAGGAGAGAUCCAGUCAAGGGAAAAGAAAAUCGUCAUCGUGUAAGAGAAGCAGGAUGUACGGCGGCAAAACACACAGCGUCGACAUUACAAGAGAAAAAUGAUGACCUAGUGCCUAUUUCGAGCGAUAGCGAUAUGGAGAUUGUCGGUCUCACGGACACAUCUAAUCGAUCGAAAAGUAGAAUGAAAAAGAAAAAGAGAAAGAAAAAGGACUAUGACAUUAUUACCAUUGAUGACUUAAUUUCUCCAGCUUCCGAUCCUAUAACAGACUUUGGUACUCUGAAAAAAACGCAUUAUAGAGAAUCAAGUCCAGUUCGCAGAAGUGGCAGAUCAAGAGUGAUUUCGAGAUCACCAAUCCGAAGACACAGAUCCCCCGUGAAAUCGCGAUCGCCUAUCCGAUCGUCCCGAUCUCCGUUAAGUCGUGUUAGAUCGCCAAUGUCGAAGAGAUCUCCGCGAAGGCUCAGAUCGCCAAAACGGAUCUCGCCGCAUCGUUCGCCCGUCAGAUCGACGAGAAGACCAUCGAGGCUAGAUUCGUCACCGUCCACUCGUCAUUAUUCCAACAGACACGGUGACGUGACAAAAUUGUUGAAGAAAGUAAAGCAUUCCAUGGGUAUUCUCGAAUCGGAGUCGAACGUCGAUCGGAGCAAGGAACAUCAGUCGUCGUUGAAGGAGAAACUGUCAAAUAUGUUAAAGAAGCAACCCGAUAACAAUGAUACGACGAUGCGUUUUAAGGCGAAAACGAAUAAAACGGCUGAACCCGAUAUUGUUAAUGAUGCCGAUGAUGAAGAGGAUUUGGCACUGCUUCGGCAAAAGGCAUUGGAGACAAAACAGAAGAAGUCUAAUAAAUCAUCGAAUCAUGGACAGACGGAUAUGGAACUGGAGAAGAAGCCCGCUGCGAAGAAUGACGAUCAGGACGAAGAGGCGUUGCAGCUGCGCAUGAUCGCACUCCGCUCGGCAGUCAUGAAAAAACAUCAGAACCGGGUUCGACGUGGCAUCAGAACGAACAAGAAGCCUUCUCGCAGCGAGAGUCCAUUCAGUCAAAGCUUCCUUGAUGACAUACCUGUGCCCGGCGACGAGUUGUUGAAGUUCGCAUCGCCGCCGUGCACCCCGCCAUGCGACAGUAAUCGCAUCGAGGACAUGGAGCUGGACACGGACGUUGAGGGCGAGAAGGAGGGAGAGUUGCCAUAUUCACCCACCGAUAAGAUAACCACACAUGUGCCUAUCGAUACGUCGUUACUUGGCAUUGAACCAUCUGACGUGUCAUUCAUCAAUGUAAACGAGACGAAUAACAAGUCUCCAAUCUUCAACGACGCAGAGCGGAUCGAAGACGUGCCAUUGCUGACCACUGACGUUGCAUCAUGUUACAGUAACACUUACCUGACGUCUCACGCUUAUGAAGCAUCGCAAUACUAUGCGUACUCGCCGUCUCAGCAGUGCACCGAGAUCUUCCUCGGUUCAGAUUUGAAUGAUGAACCGGAAAAACUAUCCGAUCACCUCAGGGACUGUCAAAGCGAUAAUGUUGUAUGCGAUUUAAUAGACGGUAUUUGUUGCCAAGUCGAUUCCUCAAUGGGUGUUGCAUCGACGCAACAUGACGUGCCUGAUACACAUCCGAUUCCAGUUCUAACUAAUCUUCUUCCUACUCCUUCCAUUUCAUCAAAAACGCAGCAGCAGGUUAUAGAACAAUCUACUGAUGUUCUAUUCGCAAACGUAGAUUCGACAUUCGGCAAAUGCACUUACGAAGCGCAAAAUAUUUCCGAAUGUCCUUUUAGAAGGACUUCUCCGACUAUGUAUGCCGAGCCAGUAUCGCCGAAUGAGUCGAUAGUAACGAUCGACGAUUUUUUAGAGACGGAGAAAGAUUCAUUGGGUUCUUCUGUUGUUGACAAAAACUUGCCGACCACAGAUUGCAUCCCGAAAGAGUCGAGCCAAGCUGUCGAAGAAGAAACGGAAGAACCUCUAUAUAUGCAAGGUGUGCCGGAUAUUACCAAAGAUGCGAAUAAGAUACCUACCUUAAUCAACAAAACGUUGGUCCCUGCACCUAUAUUAAGAUCGAACAAACAGCUUCAGCAACCGUUGCCAGGAACGAAGAAGUGCGAGACGCACGUUUCGGAGCCAAGCUUCAAAAGCGCCGAGAUGCAACCGGUGACCGCAAAUGCGCAAAACACGAAGAGUGGCAGUAAUUUCAAACCUAUAAAAUUGCGAGUUGCCAGGAAAUCUGCGCCUAUUUUAACAGCGUCCGUUGCAUUCAAUGAACUUACGAACGAAAAUUCGGAAAAUGACCCAUCGGAAGUUCAAGAAAAAUCCUCUAAAGAUAGUUCUGAAAUAAUCGAACAUUUCGUCACCGUUAAGACGGUGUGUCCUGCGAAUAAUGACGUCGCUUCGGCGCGUAAAAAACGAAAACGUAAGAAGGAGCUUCAACUUCCGUUCAACCGGUACAAGAGUUUCAGCUCGUUGUUCCAAUUACUCGUAGAGAAGCAAAACAAUUCGGAUGACAGUGUAAAUAAAGAUGUAAAUAUUAUAUUUUCGUCUAAUGUGGAGCGACAAAUUACUGAAUCUGGUCCAAGUGAGGGUAACAAUGACAAUAAAGCACAGAAGGGUUUAAUGGAGAAUGAAGAAUUGAAAUUGCAAAAUGCCAUUGGCAAUCAGGAAUCAGUUAGUUUUAAUAAUAUCACGAUAGAAAAUAAAAGUGUUGAGAGAAGCGAUCUUGCUUCUACAUUAUCAGCUUCCGCUGAAUGUCCACAAGAGAGAAAUGUCGAAUCCCAUUUAUCAAGAAAUUCCGCAUCCGACAAUCUUGACUCUAAUAGAGCACCCAAAGAUACUGAUAACAGAAGGCAAAGUGUCGAUGAGGAUGAAAAUGAGUUGCGGGCUAUUUUACUAGCUUCUAUGAAACGAAAGUUAAUAGACAUUAAUAAUAGUCCUUCAACAAUUUCGAUUACUGCAAACUGUGCAAAUUCGCAAAAAUCUAUACAGAAAACAUUAACAGAUACAACGCAAAAACCUAUACAGAAAACAUUAACAGAUACCGCAGUAAUUAACGCAACGCACGCAACGAUGAACAAUAAUGCUGUGUCAUCAACAAGAUUGGGUUCAUCGCAAACUGAAGAGAAAGAGAUUAAUCGUGUACCCAGUUCAUUACUCGUGAACGGUAAGAAGAAGAUCAACGUGGACGCAAAAGGUCCGCAGAAGAAAAUGAUGAGGAAAUCAAUUAUCCCUGCGAGUACGAAAGUGGUGAACAAUGCUAAGAAGUAUCAAAAUAUGAUGGAGCAGAGAAGAUCAAAUCUGCGAAAAUUCGAUAACAAUACGAAGCCUAACGAGAACGUUUGGUCUAACGCUAAUCCAUCCAAGACGCCGUUGCACGUGUCCGACACUCAGCGAUUUGUAAUAAGCUUAGGAUCCGACACGGACAGCGAGUCCGAUGGUGAGAAGCGUAAGGACUCCGUCCUCGUUCCCACUGUAGAGAAGCAUCAAUCGCAAGAUAUCAGUGCUGAUUUCGAACAGAGUUUGCACAAAUUUCUGCGCGACAUGAGAAAAGAACAAGAACAAUCCACCGUUGCAAACGUGGCUAAAUCUGCGACAACACGAGAUGUACCAUUAGUGAUUAAAGAUUCAUCUAAUAUGCAUACACCAUUGGCUGUGAGGCAUCUUCCUGCAUCGCAACAAGAGGAAUAUCGUCGUUUGAAGCAGCAAAUCUUGGAGCGCGAAAAGCUGAAACUACAGAGAAAGGUAGCAGAUAACAAUAAUAGCGCCAACAAUAAUAAAUUAUUAAAUUCUAAUACGACAGCGAGUUCCCUAGUAAAAUCUCAAUCGAUGUUUGAAAAGAAAAAUAUGCACAUUAAACAGAAUCCAGAUAAAUCAACAGAAUCGGAAAGAAAUUCUCAACAAUUACCAACGGAAAGCAAAAAGAGAAAUAUCAAUGCGGCAAAAAAUUCAGUAACAUCAAAUGCAUCUCAUACAAACACAAACAAAAAUCUCUCGAUAAAUGUUGUUAAGCCAAUUCUGAACUCCAAUUCUGAAUAUUCGUCAACUAAAGAAGCUAAGAAAACAAUACCGAACAAUCUCAGCAUCUGCAUCACUAAUGAGAUUGCACCGAAUUAUACCGGGAUAGAAAGUAGAACGGUUGAGAAUUCGUCCGAGAAACAACAAAAUAAUAGACCUGCUCUGAGAGCGUUAACUAAAGAAGAAAUAAACCGUAAAUAUGUUCAAGUUUUAUUAAAAUCGGACAUAAGCGGGCGAAUUGUUACUAUAAAUGACAGGUCAGUUUUGCGACAUGAUAUAACAAAUGUCAGCCAAAGCGAGAAACCAGUUGGAAACGAUGUUAGUACAGAGAUUUCAGAGGAAAAACAAAGAAAUAAUGAAAAUAACAAUAACAGUAGUGUAUUUUCCAAUGCAUCUACCGUAAAGCUUUUAGACCUCACCACCAAUUCAAGCAUGAAUAAGCAAGAACAUGAAGACUUCAUGAUGGAAACUACAAUGCCGCUUUCCCAAUAUGAGGCAGAAAGUCAACGAGAAAUGAAUCGUAAUACUUCAACGUCGCUAUCUUCGGAAAAUAAUAAUAGUAAUAAUGCUUUCUAUAAAUCUGAUUCUGUAAAUGUCGACAAUAAAGGUAAUACGGAUGACGUUUGGGAUGCGCUUAAAAAAGAUGUUAAAGAGGAACUAGAUUCUCUAAUAAAUCUUCCAAAAGCGGAACAAGAGCGAUAUUUAAGAGAUACCGAGCAUAAAUUAGUUGCGAGACGGUAUACGGUUUUGGAUCAUUUGGCAGAAAUGUCAGGGAAUCUUCGUCAGUGGGACAUGGAGAAGGAACUACAGAAUAGUCUAGCUAGCGAGGUGAAGAAACUUAAGGAGCAAUUAAAGAUGGCAGAAGAGAGAUUACAAUUGCAGCGGGAUCGCGUUAAUAGCAUGGGACCGAAAGUUUCGACCGCACGUCAAAAGAUCAAUGCUGGACGGCGCGAAUGUUUUAAAUUGUCGAAAAUUUGUUCGACUUUAGGUAACCGGCUCAUGGGAAAGAUUUACAAAUUACCAGAGGCAGGAGGUCAACUUUUGAGUGAUAAACUUAAAGAAGUUGCUAAUCACACCCGUCAAUUUACUAAAAAGAAGCGGAUCCAAUUUAAUGAUGUCCCUGAAAAUUCCAAUUCUAAUUUUUUACGAGAAAUCUCAGAAUCAUCUAAGCAUACAUGCAUCGAAGAUGAUUUGCCAUUACAAGAACAGCCAAUAAAUGAUACUGCUAAUGAAACGGGAUCAAAAAACGAUACUUGUCAUUUGAAGCAAUGUAGCGAUGAUGGAAAUUUAUUCAUAUCAGAAUCUUCUGUUAUGUUAAAUCUCUCGCAAACAUUUCUAAAUCAAUUAACACCUCUUAAGAGAAAAGAAACAAUUACGUCACUUCAUAAUGAUGAACAAGUUACACCUCCUAAUCAAGAUACUUCUGAACCAAAACUAUACCAAAGUACUCCUGUAGAACAAAACAAAAAAGAUAAACAAAGAAGCUGUAACACAUAUGAUCUUAUCACAUCUUCAGAGUUGGAAUCAUCAGGGACAGAUCCUGUUUUAUGUCAAGAUAGUGAACAAAAUAAUAAGAAAUCAUCGCCAUCGCCAUCGUUAUCGACGUCGACGACGAAGACAACAACGACGAUAACAGUGACAACGUCGACAAUAACAACAACGAUGACAACAGCGACAACGACGACAACAGCGACAACGACGACAACGACGACAACGACGACAAUGACGGUGAAGGCGAUUGCGCCUUAUGAAUCAAUAUUAUCACAUUUAAAGACACCAAGGAACACAAACCCCCAUGGAGUCCUAUGUCCGUACGAAAUGAUGGGCAUUUGCAGAGAUGAAGAUUGUCAAUACAUUCAUCAGUCGAGGAAUCAAACCUGAAAUUGUACAUUACUGAAUGCAUUCUUUCAACAUGAUAUACGUAAGGUAUCGUCCAUUAUUAUCUGAGAAAUAUAAAUAUCAAUGUAGAGACGAGAUGCAUUAGCUAAGCAGAGGCAACGCCCGAAGAUCGGUAAGUUGUCUUCAUCCAUGGCAGACUCUAGUACUCCUAAAAAAGUGCGCAAUCCUAAGAAAUUAUGUUUUAUAAAAAAAACUUAUAUUUUAUGCAUAAGACUUUUUUUCAUUGUGCUACUACUAUGAAGCAGCAGCAGCUGUAUUUUGUUGAAACUUCAGAGAAUUUCUACAAGUGUAUAUUUUUUGAAAUAUAAGAAAAAAAGUGUUAAAAACUGCAAGAGUAAUCAGUGCGGUAAAGACAGAAGAAGAGUCUAUUUACCAUACUAAGAAGAAUUAAUAUUUGAAAAAGAAGACCAUUCAGCAAUUGCAGAUCAUCAUUGAACAAUUGCAUCAGUUAUUCGCACUUCGUACUUUGAAAUAUAUAAGUUACCUCAUAAUA